CUCUCUCUCUCUCUCUCUCUCUCUCUCUCUCUCUCUCUCUCUCUCUCUCUCUCUCUCUAAUCAGCAGAUAUCGCGGGGCUUUCAUCAUCAUUUGACUCUUAUUUACUUACCCCCACUGCAACCUCGAUUUCUGAGAAGAUCCUCUUCACAAUAAUACAUAUAUACACUGCUGCUCCUCUAAAUUCCUUGCUUUGCUUUUACUGAACCCCUUCACAUUUGUACACACUCUUCGUCAAUCUCUCUCUCUCUCUCUCUCUCUCUCUCUCUCUCUCUCUCUCCCUCUCACAAUCUCUCCCAGUCUCUCUCUCUCUCGCUAGUAUUUUCCAUCUCUCUCUCUCCCUCCUCUCUCAAUCUCUCCCAGUCUCUCUCUCUCGCUAGCAUUUUCCAUCUCUCUCUCAAUUUCUCAGGUUAUGAAGUCGGAGUGUUGAAGGGCGGUUUGAUAUAUGGAUUAUAGUGUAGAGCCUAAAGUGAGUUCAAGACGUGAACAGGCCUCGAAUGUUAAGGGGAGGGCCAGAACUCCUGGUAAGAGUCGAAGUGAGAGAUUCCAGGAUAGGCAGCGGGUUGAUGUUACUUCUGGUCAGACAUGUAUUGAACGGAAUAAUGUGUCAAGGCGGAAUGCAGAUGAUGUUCCUGUGGUACGGAGGGAUAAGGGGAAGCACCAUAAACAGGGGUCUGGAAGUGAUAUAAAGAAGGAUGAUGAACUUGUGAAACACAUGUCAAAUCUGCCUGGGUAUCUUCAGAAGAAAGAAAGAGGAGAGGAUGUUCAGGGGAAUGUUUUGAGCUUUGGAGUUCUUGAUUGGAAGCGUCUAGAGAAUUGGAAGAGUAACGAGAAAUUCAUUCCAUCAAGGCGUUACACAAUAGCAUCAUCUUCUGGGAGUGAUUCCUCUUGCAUGGCUGGUGGAUCAUCUACAUUUUCUAGUGCAGCUCGUCAGAGAAGAAACUAUGUUUCUCAGAGAACGCAAGCGCCAUCAAAUGUGCCACGUCCCAACUCAUCUCAUGAAGAAAGAUCUGGUGUUCGGUCUCAGGGAAAGGUCACUAAACUCCAAGGUUUUGAAGCUGCUCAACGGAGCAAUGUAGACGUGAAACGAAACCUUUAUGCGAAAGAUAAGUUUUCUGGAAUUUAUAUUGAUAGAGAAAAGAGAAGUGAGUCGCAGAACAGAAACAAGUCAGCAAGGGAACAUUCAUCAUUAGACCGGAGAAAAGAAGCUUUGUCAACUUCUUCACAUGUUACAGAGCGUGGUCAAGAGUUUAAAACUAAUUCGGUGGUAAGUAAAGAAAUUGAUGUUCCUCGCCAAUCAUGUGAGCAUGAAAGCAUUGUUCUUCUUUUACCCAAAAGCUCUCCUAGUAAGUGUGGCAGUGGCACUGAAAGUUUUCAGCUUCCGAAAUUUAGGAAUUCAGUUGAUAAAAAUAUAGAAGUACACUCGAAUCCCUGUGACUUUCCCCCUGAGGAGGAACUUCACUAUUUAGAACUUGAUGGUAAAAUGCCUCAUUCUUCUCCACUACCUCGUAGGGUUGCAACAAAUGUAAAACCAUGUAGCCCUUUGGAUGAUGUAUCUGGCAUGCAUCAAAUGCCAAAGGAGAUGCCAACCAUACCUUUAUGCACUAAAGAUGUUGAAAUUAUGAGAUCAAGAUUAGAUCCUUUAAACAAGACUCGCCAGACGCUAAAUCAUAUUAUGUGUGUAGAGCCAGUGACUCCAAGUAAUCAUUUAAGCUGUAGCAACACUUCUAAGAUGGCCAUUAAUCCCUUCUUGAAGGAGGGUCCCUCUGUUCCACAAUCAGAUUCUUCUUCUGCUGCUGUUGAAUCUGGUCCAGUAAGGUCAGAAUCUUAUGCUGGUUUAGAAGUAUCUAGCUGGGGUGAUAUCAGUGCUAGUAGCAGAGCCAUAUCCAGAAAUUCAACUACAACCGAUAGUCCCGGGAGACUGGAUCAAGAUACGUCUGAACAGCCUGCUACAGUGGGAAGGCAUACAUCACCUGGUAGACGGUUUACUUUUAGCAGGAUGACCAAAAGUCUAAACUUCAAGGAGAGUACCUCUCUCCCCCCUUUAAGCUCUCCUGCUAAAGUUAAAUCUGGGCCACUAAUUUCUGAAGCUUUUCGUGGUUUAGAUGAAAUUGAACGACAUAAUGCAAUUGCUGGUAAUAGUGCCCAGUUAAGCCCUUUGACUACUACUGAAACCCCAAGGAGAUUGGAUCAACAUCUUGCCGAGCAGCCUGAUACAGUUGGACAGCCUCCAUCACCCGGUCGAUUUAGCUUUAGCAGAAUGACAAGAAGUUUUAGCUCUAAGGAGGGGCCUUCUGUUCCAUGUUUAACCACUUCUUGUGCUGCAAAGUCUAGGGCAGUAGGGUCCGAUGCUUCUGAUACUUUGGAUAAGCUUGACCGAGACAAGUUGAGUCUAAAAAACAGUGCUAGAUUCAGCCUUUCUUCAAGUACAGCAGAGACACCCAGGAUAUUCGAUCACUAUGUUGCUGAACAGCCUAAUACUGGGGGGAGGCAUUUAUCACCUAGUCGAAGAUUUAGCUUUAGCAGUCGUCCUAAGAUAAGCAGGAGUCUCGACUUUAAGGAGGCUUUUUCUGGUCCACAGUUAAGCUCUUAUGCGACAGUUAAGUCAAAGCCAGCAGGGCUCAGAUCAUCUGCUGGUUUGGAUAAAUUUAAUCAACACAAUGUUAGUGCUAGUAACAGAGCCCGGUCAAGCCCUCUACGGAGAUUGCUGGAUCCACUGCUAAGGCCAAGAGUAGUAAAUUCUGCUGAAACUGUCAAGCCAUCAGAAGAAAAGUCGACAUCUGCGAGCCUGAAGCCUGUGACUGCUAGUGAGUUGCUUCAGAAUCAGAAGCAGGAGUCAUCAAAUGUUCAGGCUCUUCUUCAGCUGACAAGAAAGAAUGGACUUCCUCUUUUCAAACUUGUGGCUGAAAAUGGUACUGACAUUCUUGCCGCUGCUGUUAAACAAUUGCCAGCACCAGGUGAUGAUGCUUCUAGCUUGAUUUAUGCACUCUACUCGGUUCACGAAAUUAAGAAUAAAAAUGGAGGUUGGAUGAGUCAAGGGUCUAGAGGGAAAAGAUCAAGCUUCGGCUAUAACGUCAUUGGGCAGAUGAAAGUUUCCAACUCUUCUCCUCUGGAUUACAGUGGAUGCAAUGUAAAAUACCAGUUCAUGUCAAGAGAAUGUGUGCUAUAUAGUGUUGAAAUAGAACAAGGAAACAAGGACAUGCCGGAACUCAAGCCAAGCAAGGAGCUCGCAGCUAUUCUUAUUAAGAAUCCAUAUCAAAAGGAUAAAAACGGAAAACAGGGAAAUGACAAUCUUUGCUCAGAAGAGCGGUCUACAGAGCCAUUUUUGGAGAAUGCUUGUAAUGGAAGAGAAACAGGAGAUUCUAGCAGCACCACUGUCAUUCUUGGUGGUGUACAUGGCUUGCCAGAUAAAGUAAUGCCUUCUCCCUCACUAGUAUGGAGGUACGGGGGUUCCUGUGACUGUGGAGGAUGGGAUGUUGGUUGUAAACUGCAGAUUCUCACCACCCAAGAUCAGAAGAGGAACUCGAGACUUUCAAGUUCUUGCUGUACUGGUCUAGAUCUCUUUUUAAAGGGUGGCCAUCAAGUUAAAAGGCCAUGUUUCAGCCUUGCCCCUUUCAAGACUGGAGUUUAUUCUGUCGAGUUUGAUUCAUCAAUCUCUUUGUUACAGUCAUUCUUCAUAUCUGUAGCUUUUUUAAGUUGUCAAAAACAAAAUGAAAUUUUUGAAGGGAUGUUGGAUUCAAAUACCUCUACUGAACCCAAGAUUGAUGCAAUGAAGUUUCCAACCGCACUCCAGAAGGAUGUCUCGGCAAAGUAUGUUACCAAACCACCCGCUUCCCCAGUUGGCAGAGUUUAGUAUGGGCAAAGGUAUCGCCACUUAGUUGUGCAGUUCUGACGAUAUCUUAGAGAUGGCGUCUACACCUCAUUGACCAUAUAAUUUGGCAAUAGGUUCAUCAGUAUAAAAACCAUGUGUAUAUAUUAAGAACAUCUUCUCUUGAAUAAGAGAAAGUUACAAUGAUCUGUAAUGAGAAGAGUUAUCAAAUACACAUGCAGAUGUCUCUCUGAAUUAUA